AUGGAGCCGGUCGGCGACCCGCGGGAGGGGCCGUCGACGGAGCGCGCGUUCGAGGAGCAGACCAUCCCGCCAUGGACGGAGCAGGUGACGCCGCGCGCCGUGGUGGCGAGCCUGGCGCUGGGCGCGGCCUUCAGCAGCGUCAUGAUGAACCUCGUGUUCACGUCGGGGAUCAUCCCCACGCUCAACAUCUCCGCCGGCCUUCUCGGCUUCUUCCUCCUCAGGGCGUGGACGCGCCUGCUCGACAAGCUCGGCGUGUCCUACGAGCCCUUCACCCGCCACGAGAACGUCGUCGUCCAGACCUGCGUCGUCGCCUGCGCCAGCAUGACCUACAGCGGAGGGUUCGGGUCGUACCUGCUCGCCAUGGACCAUAGGACGGCGGAGAAGAUCAACACCGGCCAGGUCAGCGGCAGAAACGUCAGCGAGCCGACGCUCCCCCGGAUGAUGGCCUACUACUUUCUCAUCAGCUUCGUCGGACUCCUCGCCAUUGUUCCCAUGAGGAAGACGAUGAUCAUCCGCCACCGGCUGACGUUCCCGAGCGGCUCGGCUACGGCUCACCUCAUCAACAGCUUCCAUACCCCUAACGGAGCCAUGCAAGCAAAGAAGCAGGUGUCUCUGAUGAUCCAGUCGUGCCUGGGAAGCUUGUUCAUGUCCAUCUUCCAAUGGUUUUACUCCGGCGGGCCGCUUUGUGGCAUGGCCGCCUUCCCUUCAUUCGGGCUCGACGCCUUCAAUCGCGGCUUCUACCUCAACUUGAACGGAACAUACAUCGGCGUCGGGAUGAUCAGCCCUUACCUGAUAAACGUCUCGAUGCUGGUCGGGGCCAUCCUCUCCUGGGGGUUCUUGUGGCCGUACAUCGAGACCAAAAAUGGGAGCUGGUACGCCGCCAAUCUCCAGGAAGGCAGCUUGCGUGGCGUCAACGGGUACAAGGUGUUUGGCGCCAUAGGCAUGAUUUUGGGCGACGGCAUCUUCCAGCUGGUGGUGAUCCUGGUGAGGACGCUGCAGACGAUGCGGCACCACCAGCUGGAGGCGGCGGAGACGCUGAGGUCCUUCUCGGACGUGAACGCGGUGCCGCGCAACACGCUGAGCUUCGACGACCGGCGUCGGACGCAGGUGUUCCUCCGGGAGCACAUCCCGGGCACCCUCGCCAUGGCCGGCUACGCGGCGCUGGCGCUGCUGUCGACGGUGGCCAUCCCGCACAUCUACGGCCAGGUGCGGUACUACCACGUGGCGACGGCGUACGUGUUGGCGCCGCUGCUGGCCUUCUGCAACGCCUACGGCACGGGGGUGGCCGAGACCAACUUCUCGGCGCAGUACAACAAGCUGGUGAUCCUGGUGUUCGCGUCGUGGAUCGGGCACCGGAACGGCGGGGUGGUGGGGAGCCUCGUCGUCUGCGGUAUCGUCUCCUCCGUCGUCUCCACCGCCUCCGACUUCAUGUCCGACUUCAAGACCGGGUACCUGACGCUCACCUCGCCGCGCGCGCUCUUCGUGAGCCAGGUCGUCGGCACCGGCAUCGGCUGCGUCGUCAACCCGGCCGUCUUCACCGUGUUCCACCGCUUCUACGAGGAGGCAGGGAACACGAUCUACCAGGUGCCGGCGGUGGCCAUCGACAUGUGCUUGGGCAGCCUGGUGCUCUACCUGUGGACAAGGUCCGACAGGGACGGCGCGCAGGUGUUCGGCCCGGUGCUAGCGUCCGGACUCAUCUGCGGCGACGGGCUCUUCUCCAUCCCCUACGCGCUGCUCGCAAGGUACGACGUCACGCCGCCCAUCUGCAUCAGGUUCGUCGCCAGGGAGCAGAACGAGAAGCUCGACGCCUACCUGGCCACUGCGCUUGCCAAUUAA